CUGACAUGGCACCGCAAUCCCACAAGGCACUGCGGCGUGACGUUGGGUUUGACAACCACACUGGGGCACAUAGUCACCAAAACACAGCAAACCUUAAUAAUCUUAUCAAGCAGUGUUGUGUUUAUUUCUGCUCUGCCCUGUUCAUUGCACACACAAUAAUUCGUCUGCCCUAUAGCUUCCGUGACGCUGUCUGUCCGAUCACCACUGUCCACAUUUGCAGCUGGUACCUCAACCUCCACUUGUCCAACACAACUGCUGUCCACUGCCUUCAUGACAUUGUGAUUUUUAUUGUUGGCCUUCUGUCAGAUCUUCAUCGAUCACUUCUGCACGGGGCACACCUUCAGACUCUGCAGCUGCAUAACGAAAGCCUGUAAGAUAAAAUUAGUGCAUACACAUAAGGUAAAUGUACACCAAUAUUCCAAUGACAGGUGUGUGAUUCAUCUGGAAGUUAUGUGCGGAUUAGUGUACAAUGAUAGCAAUUUAGUAUGUUUUUAGAGGCCCAUGUGCAGUGUUGGUGCCCAGUCUGGAUUUGUUACUCCAUUUCAUAUGCUGGUUUGCCUGCAAUAAUGCCAAAUCAUAAGCUACUCAGUCGACAUGACGUGGUUCUGCAGCAUCACACAUUAGCAUGUUUUAUCUCAUUAUCUAUGACCUCAGCGCAUUGCAAAUAACACUAAAAGCCUUUUAAUAGUGAUAUGAAUUAAUUUAGAACUCACCAGAAAGAAAAUGCCGUGAGCAAACCAACAAAAAGCUGGGGAUUGCAGAGAACUCGAUAUCUGCUUGUCUCACUGAUGUCUUUGUUUAGUAAUAUCGGAUACAUGGGAUCCCUCACGUUGCCUCCAGGAUGGAAAACGAUGAAAAGAGAGCCCAUUAUCCAGCUUCUUGCCUUCACGAUCGUGUGAUCUAACUUUGCAACUGACAACAAAACACGUACGAACCAUAGCUGAAGCUGUAUCCUGUGUCUGGCCUACUGUCAUGGCGGAGGGGGGCGUGGCCCACCUCCCGUGACAUCACAUUUGCUUGCUUUCUGCUAUGUAAUUCUCUUGCUAAAUGUCUGUAUGUAUUUUUCCUGCUGUUCAUAUGAUUCAGUGCAUUAAACUCUGUUCCAAGAAUUCUACUCUUUUCCAGGGCAUCUUUUUGAGUGUCUUGACUUUAAUUGGAUCUAAAGAGGUUGGAUCUCCACAUCCUUGGUGGGAGAAGGUUAUCAGGAUGGCGUCAAAAUUUGCGACCACAGCUGCUCAACUGAGAUGGAUGCCUUCCUCAAACCACAAUCCAAAGCGCGCAAGACUGAAAUCCUCAUUUAACAUUGCUAUAUUAUUGACUUACUUCACUCAAAUAUGAAAUGGACAAUUUAAUCUAUCCUCUCUGCAUAUCAUGUAAUUUCUACACUAUAUAGUUACACUUAACUUUAAAGCAUGAGGCAAUUGUGUUAAAUAUGCUUACAUAAAUCCAAGAGAUGGCCAAUCCCUUUUUUCAGUGCAGACCAGAGGCCCAGGACCAUGACGAGUAUCUUUUUAUUCAUUGAAACCUUUUUUUUGCACAUCCAGUCAGAUUUCCGUGUGUCCAUGAGUCAUAUCACUUUAAACAGUUGUUUAGAAUUGGUGUUUAAAGAGGUGGAAGUAUUAUUACUUAAGCAAUGUGUUUCGGUCUGUUGCCUUCGUCAGGCACAUGUUUUAGUUAUACUCUAUAAUCUAUAUAACGUAAUGUGACUGAAUGCAAUUAUUUCUUUGGAAGAAACAUUUUUCAAAGCAGGUAUGUUCAUUUGUCUUUGUUGGUAAAGUGCAGGAGUUGAUACUUUCUUUAUUGGAUUUCCACCGUCAGAACAACUUGAACUGUACACGAGACAUUCAAUAGUCACAGGAAUUUAUCUUUUUUUAUUUAUUGCAGUAAUUUUCACUUAUUCAUGUGUGAAGUUCCAUGAAGUAUAACCAAGCUAAAUUUUCUUUGUGCAUAGUAAUAAUGCCAAUUAAAACUACUGCUAAAGAUCUGACCGGUGGGGCUCUUUUUGAUGUCUGAAACGUGUGGGUCAUUUCAUUUAAAGAAGUUAUUCACACUUCCGUACAAUCUUUUUUUUCUCAUGUAUACAUUUUUAUUUUUGUAUUAGUCUUUAAAAGCUAGAGGUAAUGUCACUGUCCAAGUCAGUAUUAUCAUUGUAUCAGUAUCAUCAUAAUAGUAAAUAAAGAGUUUCUUUUGUCACAGGAUGUCGCACAUCGUCACUCCACAUCAAACAGGCAGGAAACCAUUGGUGUGUGACCUCUUUUUGUGUCUACACAGAGUAUGAGAAAAAAAAAAGUCAGUUUACGCUGUCACUUCUGCAAAGAUGACACGACUCUACUGGGCCAUGUUAUUGAUCGGGUUUUGUUCCAGUUCAGAGAGCACUAUAAUCAUCAGAGAGCCUGGUGAGAGCAUCACUUUGAAGUGCUCAUCAGAAGGAUGCCCCCCCAAAAAUGAUGGAUAUGCUGGGAUGUAUCUGUAUCAUAACUUUAUUGAACAGAAAGAGGUGUAUUUCUAUGGUAACUAUGCCAACAGCAAAAUCAUGGAGCGACCACGAUACGAAGGCAGGAUUGAGUCAAACGGCGCUCCCAUGAACCACAACAUCACCAUCAGCAACUUGACCGUGGAUGAUUCUGGUGUCUACACUUGUGUCUACAAAGAAUCAGCUGACAAAGGUGUCAACUGCAAUGUCUACACAGUUUUCGUGAGAGAAGUGGCACCAUGCCUGGGACAAGAUGACCUUCCCACCUCGGUGUUAGUUGUCAUUACCUGCAUGUACCUUAGCGUGCUGUUAAUCGUAAUCUUUAUCCUACUGAUAGUCCACAGGGUGAAACAAAGGAAGAGCUGCAGAAGAUUAUCCAGGAGUUCCCAGCAAGAACCAGAUGAUUAUGUGUAUGAAGUUAUGACCAAGAACAGCCUCUACACUUUGGCAACUUCACCGCAGCAAUCUUAAAGUCCUUAUGAGUUUUCUUAGAAUUACAGUAUAAUUAUUGUGUUUAACAAUAGAAUUUAGGAAUCUGAUUGUGUCUUAUUGAUUUUGUUAAUAAUGGUUAAUGGUUUGCCUGGACUCAUGGACAAUAUCAAUCAUGCUCCAUAAAGUCUCAUUAAAAAUUAAAGUUUAAAAGUUAUUAAACUCUCAGAAAUGAAUGAAAGCCAUGCAGGAGGCACAGUGACUGUCCCACAGGAAGUAUGCAAACUGAUCACCAAAGCUAUUUAUUACUUUAUCUAUAGAAUUUAUAUUACUGUGGAGCACAACAUUUGCACAAUAAAGGUUACUGAUUUGUUCAAUUCCAACAUGAAUGCAAUUGGUGAGUGUUUCUGGCUUCUUUACUGCAAUAUAGGGCAAACAUUUUUGAGGUUUGUGGGGGAGGGAUGGAUGAGAUGUGAGCAGAAACCAACUAAGAAGACGGGCAGGAGCAGAUGGGUAAAUGGUUUACAUGACUAACUGCAGAUUUUGCACGAUAUAUUAUUACAGACAAUUAUUUUUUACCAUAAUAAGGUGUAUAAAACAAAUAAAUGUACAAUAAAAAAACAUGCUUUUUUCCAAGUAAAUAUAUAUUUCUAAAGGUGCUAUUGAUGUGAAAGUCUCACUAGGUUUCAGUAACAAUCCAUACAAUCCACAAAUGCAAAGAAAUCAAACCACUGAUGUGCAAUAAUGAGAAAUCACACAGAGAAAAAGUAUUGAAAAUGCUUAAUGAAAUGUAUUUAACAUUUCAUACAAAAACCUUGUUGGCUGUAUGGAGAACCAUGCAUUGCUCUGGUUUGAUUGUGGUUCAUUUGUCCACACAAAAGUCUUAAAAAAAGUUUUGUGGGCCCUCUGAGCUUUAGUUCUUUACAUUUUCAGCUGGAUUCAGGUCAGGUGAUUGGCUCGGCUAUUCUAGCAAACUUUAUUUUCUUUUUCUGAAACCACCUGAGAGUUUCCUUGGCUGUGUGUUUCUCAUCAUUGUUUUGCUGAAACAUCCACCCUCAUUUCAUCUUCGUCAUCCUGGUUGAUGGCAGCAGAUUGUUAUCAAGAAUGUCUCGGUACAUUUUUCCAUUCAUUCUUCCUUUAAUUAUAUGAAGUGUGCCAGUGUCGUCAUGCUGGAAAACAGCCCCACACUGUGAUAAUCCCACCUCAAACCUCACUCUUGGUGUAGUAUUUUUGGGGUGAUAUGCAGUGCCUAUUGACCUACAAACCUGGUGUGUAUUAUGGCAUUCAAAGACUUAGAUUUUGGUCUGAUCUGACUUUCAGCUUCUGUAAAUGUUGUUCAGUUGCUGAUUUAUGUAUUCGUAUUUAUGUUUUUGUGUUACAAAUGCUUAUAAAUUCUCAUAUUUUCUCCCCCUCCCUUUUUAAAAAAUUGUCAUACCACAACUAUAAUGUCAUAAUUGAGUUAACAGUAAUAAAAAUUCAUAAAUAAACAGAUAAAAGAAACACACACAAGAGGAGCCUGUAGAAAACUUAUAGAGCUCCCCUUGUAAAAACAAAAUAUGAUGGCACAACAGUGCAUUCAGAUCAUAACUCUGAUUGCAAAAGCUGUCAGACAUGACAGGAUUUUAAAACAAACAAACAAACAACAAAAAAACAGAUCAUUCUGAGAUGGAAAUCAUGGCUCAGGAUGCUGAGGAAAUGGCUGAGCGUCAGUCUUCACUGGAUCAUUGCACUAGUGUUUCCCAGCUCUUUGACACUGUGAAUGUUGUUCCCUUGCCUGUGAAAGAGUUUCUUACCUGCUUUUCCGGUGCAGGGGUUUGCCUGAAACCUUAAAACCCAUGGACACGUAGUUGUGAGCAGCCUCUUGUCUUGAAGUGAGCAUUUGGAUUUGAAUUUUUUUGGAUACUGUGGAGAGUCUAAAAGGAGACUGGGACUGUCACUGUUUUUAAUUUGGAUGUUAUUGAAAAUUCACUGUAAAUGCAUUGAACUCUGACCCGGAAUCCACAUUUGAGUCCUGCAUUUGAGUUCUGCCUGUUCCUAGAACCUCGGCAGAGAAUCUGUGGUAUAAACUUCAUGUGUUUGUUAAAGCAACUGCACACAUUCAGAGAGUACAGGCAGAGAAUAAUUUAAGCCCCAGUAUACUAACCUUUUGCUCUGAGGUCUGUGUGUGCAUAAUAACAUCAAGCAGCGGGGCAUAUUCAAACCACAGGAAGACGUGGGAGUGGGAACCGCUUUGUUUGUCUUGAUGCCCUUUGCUGAAGCAGUAUCUGAUAUGUAUAGAUGUAUCUUCUUACUUCUACUUUUAUGUUGUCUGUCAAGGUUUGACAGACAACAUAAACCUUUGAAUUUCUGGGAUGGUGGCGAGUUGUUGUGUCUUUGUGUAUGUGUAUGUAAGACUUUGUGCGUUGCUAUUAAAUGCUACUAAUUAAGUUCCACUGAGCUGAUCUUGCAGAUGCUGCAUUUUUAUCUUCUCAACUGUAACAGUAUCGGAUUUUUCCAAUAACUGUCGACAUGCUAAAAGAUUGCAGAUUAUUCUUGCUGUUAGCAAAUCAAAUCAAAUCAAAUCAAAAGAGUAAAAUGUUCCAAGAAGGAUUUAUAAUGUAAAAAAUAAUUUAUUAUGCUUUUAUGAAAUAUAUUAAUCUCAAUUACAAAACAAUAUAUGGGACAGCCUUACUUAUAAAGGUUAGUAACUUACAUGCAUGUGGUGUACAAAAUAUUAGCUUGUGGACAAAAUGUAUUAUUGUUUGUACAUAUUUGAGGAUUUUUUUCACUUUACUUUAAUAAAAAUGGAUUAAAAACAAGAAUAACCAGGACAGGCAGGAUUUGUUGUGUAAAAAAUAACAUGCACUGUUACACGAACAGCUACUGGUUCCAUUUGUGACUGUAUCCAGAAAAAAGCCCCUUAAUAUGAAACAGACCUUUACGGAUCUGUUUCCCUUUCACACACUGACAUGACUGAAGCUCCGUCUACAACAUGUAAACUCAGUUAACUCAAUAUAGAUGUUAUUACCUCCUGAUCUCUUCCCACAGAUAUAUUUGCUUCCAUUAGACCUUGUUUUCACCUCCUCGUAGCUGCUGUCAUGUCCAAUUUUCUUGUGAAUGGUCAAAAACAGUCAGUGUUUUUGCUCGUUUUCUUAAUAAACACACGUGAACCAAAUGUCAACUUAAACUAAAUUAGACUAAAACAUGUCAUCAUUUAUUCUUCUGAUAAUCCUAAAUACCUUAUGACAUCAGAAAUCUGCAUAUGGACACAAGAUCUCUGUGAGUGCAAUAAAAAUGUCAGAGCUGCACAGAUUUAUAACCAUGCAACAAACUGUCCCACAAAGUUGUGUAUUUACAGCCGUUUGUUGCACAAGAGCUUUCAUCA